GUAUUAUCACUACAUCCUACUGUCCAACAUUAAUUGGCAUUUUCAACUGUCCAAUCAAAAAGUCGAUAACAAUAAUUCAGCAAAAAUAAAAAUAAUUCAGCAACUGGCAAGAGAAGAACAACCAAAACUUAGACGUCCUAUCUGUAUUAACUUUGUAUACUCCUAAUUCAGAAUAUUCAUGAAUACACGUAUAUCCAAAAGAAACAAGGAGAUCUAGUGAUCUACCCAUAUACCCGUAAAUUAUGUUUCUGCAACUGUUCUUAUACUUUUUGCAGCUUUCAUGGCUAACUCUAGCAGGGGAAGCAGCAUCACCACCAACAUUAGAGGGUCCAUUCUUUAAGGCAAAAGCUGGUUGUGAAGCAAAAUGCGGUAAUAUUUCGAUUCCUUAUCCAUUUGGAAUACGUCGUAAUGGGAUUAAUGUUGGGUGCUCCUUUGAUGGAUUUGUGUUUGAUUAUAGCAUCACCUGUAAUACUUCUUUUAAUCCUCCUAAACCCUUCCUAGAUAGAGGUAAUGUUGAAGUCAUAGAUAUUUCGAAAACCGAAAUUCGAAUAAAAAACAUCCCAUCGAGCUUAUGUUACAACGCAUCUGGUGGGUUGACCUUGGAUCAAUCUGUAUCUUGGAUGAAUUUCAGUCGGACUCCAUUUACAGUAUCAUAUACAAAGAACAUGUUCUUUACGAUCGGGUGUAAUGUGUUUUCGACUCUAAGAGGUCCUGACGUAAAAGAUUAUACGUCCCAGUGUAUUUCAACAUGUGAUAGUAAAGAAAGUGUGGUAAAUGGAACUUGCACAGGUAAUAAAGGGUGUUGCGAAAGUACUUUACCCAAAGGGCUUAAGAGGUUUCAAAUACAGGUGAUGAGGAACUCGAUACUGAGUAACCAGUCCAUUACUUGGUCUUUUGAUCCUUGCAACUAUGCAUUUAUAGGUCAGCAAAAUCAGUAUACAUUUCAAUCCUCUGAUAUUUUAGACGGUUAUAAUUUUGUUAGCAAAGGGAAAGAUAUCCCUCUUGUUCUUGACUGGGCAAUUGGGAAUAAGACUUGUGAAGAAGCACAAAAGGACUUAUCGAGCUACGUGUGCCAAGAAAAUAGUCAUUGCAACAAUUCUAAUAACAACCCUGGGUAUCUUUGCACUUGCAAUGAAGGUUACAACGGAAACCCUUACCUAAGUCCUGGAUGCCAAGAUGUGAACGAAUGCAAGGAUCCAAACACCAAUCCCUGUUUGGAGGUUUGCACAAACGCCGUUGGUAGCUACACCUGUUCUUGUCCAAAGGGUAGUCAUGGCGACGGCAGAAAAGGUGGGAGUGGCUGCAUUCAGGACAACCAAAAUGCUCCGGUCUUACAAAUUUAUCUUGGUGUUGGUUUAGGCUUCAUGUUUCUAAUUCUUGCAAGUUCUUGGUUAUACUUGAGUAUGAAGAAAAGAAACUCCAUAAAACUUAAAGAGAAGUUCUUUCAAAAGAAUGGUGGAUUGUUGUUAAAACAACAAAUAUCGUCACAUGAAAAUGGUGUUGAAUCAUCAGCAAAAAUCUUCACCGUAGAAGAACUUAAAUUAGCAACCAGAAACUACAAUGAAGAAUUAGUCUUGGGUCGUGGAGGACAUGGUAUAGUUUACAAGGGAACAUUAUCAGAUAACCGAACCGUGGCAAUUAAGAAAUCAACAAUAGUUAAGGAUAGUCAAAUUGAAGAAUUUAUUAACGAGCUUGUUAUCUUAACUCAAGUUAACCAUCGGAACGUUGUGAAGAUCUUGGGAUGUUGCUUAGAAACCGAAGUUCCGCUGAUUGUUUACGAGUAUGUUUCAAAUGGAACUCUCUCUGACCAUAUCCAUUCUAAGAAUGGGGUACCUACAUCAUCUCUUUCUUGGGAAAGUCGGUUAACGAUUGCUACGGAAACUGCUGGAGCACUUUCUUACCUACACUCUGCUGCAGCUAUACCCAUCAUUCAUAGAGAUAUUAAAACUGCCAAUAUACUAUUAGAUGAUAACUACACUGCAAAAGUUGCAGAUUUUGGAGCAUCGAGGUUGAAUCCUCUGGAUUUAGCUGAAAUAGAUACAAUCAUUCAAGGGACCUUGGGAUAUUUGGAUCCUGAAUACCACCAGUCUGGCCAGUUGACAGGUAAAAGUGACGUUUAUAGUUUUGGUGUUGUACUUGUAGAACUCUUAACAGGAGAAAGAGUCAUUUCUUUGGCUAGGCCAGAUAAAAGAAUGAACAUUGCAAUGUAUUUUCAUUCGUUGAAAGAAGAGAAGGAUAUAUUCGAAGUUCUUGAGGCUCGAGUGGCAACUGAAGGAAAGCACGAGGAGGUCCUUGCAGUUUCUAACCUUGCAAAUAGAUGCCUUAAUGUGAAAGGUGAUGAUAGGCCUACAAUGAAACAAGUUGCUAUGGAACUCGAGAGUUUGUUAAGAGUUAAAUUAUCAGCUCCGGUGCCAAAUCCUUAUCGACAUAAGCAAAACCAUGAAGAACAAACCGGCAUAAUAUCUGAGCCGCUAGACCUAUAUCCUGUCUCAUUAAACUCUUAUACUGCUGGUGAUUCUAGCCUGUUUAGUACAGAAGUGACAAUGUCGACCGGCAAUGUUUCACCGUAAUCAUUAAUGUAAGUUUGCUUUGAUUGUAAGAUAAAUUGUUGAAUAAAUCUUAAUCAGUGCUUUUCUUUUUUCUCUUAA